AUGACUAACAUUAUAUCCAAUAUCCUGCAAACUUUAUACCCAUAUUGCUCCUCGCUAUCCGGGUUGAUAUCCAAUAUGGACUGGGAAAAGAUGGUAUUAGUACUCGCUACGUCUUGGGUCACUCUUCGGCUCCUUGGAAUCGGCCUUAAUUUCGAACAGCUGUUCGACCUCCUGGGAAUGGACUGCAUAUCCGAUAGAAUUCGUGCAGUAAAAGGAUGGUUCCUUCUCCCAGAAAGUCGUGUGCAGCUGAAGUGGGUUGAAGAAAUGAAUAAAGAACGCGCCUAUUACAUCCUUCGGACGCAACAAUUCCUAGCUAUCAAAGAUCUGGCUAUUGAACAUGCUAUCCAGCGGAAGCUAGAUGUUAUCAGCAAGUCAUGGAACACAGGUCCCAAAGACUGGAAACAUAAAUUACUGGAAAUACGAUACUAUGAGUGGAUUGAUAGAAACCAGGAAUUUGCCCUGCCAAUCCAACCAAGUACCUCUCACAGCCCCAUCUGGUUGAGGAAUGCAAGACAAGAGGCGGGUGCUGUGCAAGAGCAUGCCAAUGCUGUCUGCGGCCCCGAGGCCUGUAUCCCGACAAGACGGUUUUAUACUCCCACUGUACGACUGGAUGUGGGUGUUGUAUUUGGAAUCGGGGAUUCGUCCAUAUCGUUCAAUCAGAUGCCAGGAAGAUUCCUAACUUUGUGGACUCUAGAAAUUGGGAAUACCCUAUCGAAGAAAAGCCGUGGGAAACUACAGUGCUCUGAAGCUUUGAGCAGCUCUUUUCUUUGCUCCUAG